AUGAUACCACGACGAGCAAUUUUCUGGACGCUCUUGCUGUGCAUUACCGCGUCGAAUGCUCUUCACUUUUACCUCGAUGCCAAUGAGAAACGUUGUUUCAUUGAGGAGCUUCCGAUGGACACGGUUGUUGAGGGCGAGUACUCUUUUCCUACUAAAACCCUUGCUGUAUUUAAUGGACCAACAGGCCACUACCGAGCACUAGAGUGGUCAGAGGACAGUCAGACGUAUGAAAUGGACGAGAACCUGGGAAUAAUAGUGGAGGUGGACGAACUCGACAGCGGACACAGUGUGGUGAAGACAAGGGGCCCGAGUGAAGGCCGUUUCACAUUCACCUCCCAUGAAGCUGGCGACCAUACGAUAUGUCUAUCGACAAACUACACUUCGUGGUUCUCCAGCACGCAUCUCCGUCUUUACCUCGACGUUGUUGUGGGCCAAACCAAAGCUGAUGCCGACCACGACCGCUCUCAUGUGUCCGAACUUGCGUCGAAGAUUCGCGACCUAAACCAGAAACUUGAAGAUAUUUACCGGGAACAGUCUUACCAGCGCCAACGAGAAGCCGAUUACCGUAACCUCAGCGAGGCCACCAACUCCCGUGCGGUAUGGUAUAGUAUCGCGCAGAUUUUAGUUUUGGUUGGCACUUGCACUUGGCAGUUGAGACACCUGAAGCGCUUUUUCGAGGAUAGAAAGAUGCGCUAG